AUGAAUGUGAGUGGUGGGGCGCCAAUUCAGGGGAAUAGAUUUGAAAACCACCUGACAAGGGCAUCUCUGGUUAUCCCUGAUAGAGGCCUGGUUGACCCCUGGAUGGGCUGUAAGGAUUCACCCAUGAACCUCUUACAUGGACAAACAACAUCUGCAAGGGCCCAGGGCCUGGGCUUGUGA